AUGGCAGUUUCAUAUCAGGAGCAGAACAGCUUCAAUCAGCUCAUCUGGCAGUUGAUCUACGCCAGAAACAUCACUUCGGAUCUGGAAAGAGUACGCGCCAUCUUUUUGUGGCUCUGCACCAAAGAUCUGCAUCAAAUGAAUUUUGAUAAUGUCACGCCUGGCUCACCCGAGGAGAUACUCAUGGGCAUUCGAACCGGCAAGUCAACUUAUGCCCAAAUCUUCCAAACUCUAUGCAGAGGUUCCAAUACGCCGAAAGUGACCAAGUAUAAACGAUCGGGUAGCGACGUCACUCACAUUAGUAGAGAUCCCUUUGGCGGUAUGAGGUUGGAGAACUUUUCAUUUAAUAAUGAUGACUUAUUGCUCGAAAGUACUAUUGCCGAAUAUUUGCUUUUCUAA